AUGGAGGGUCUCAUUCCGUUCGUGUAUAGGGUCGUGGUGGAAUACAAGAAUGGGAAGCAAGGGCCGCUCGGGGCGUUGUUCAAUGAGUCCCCUUCGGCUUCGUACGCCAGGCUCCCCUGCGAUUCGGGCUGGACUCAGAUCUCGGACCUCCAGCUUCUUCUCGGCGACGUGCGCAACAAAUCUCCCGCCUUCAGCUCCUCCCAAGUUUUAGCAUUGCGUCGAUUCAAGCCGCGACUGCUACUACCGCUGCGUACCCUGCAACCACCAAACGGCAUGGCGAAAGAAAACGAACCCGGGUGUCUGUGCUUCGACCUCAACACGGGAGCUAAGAUCCCAUCGGUCGGGCUCGGGACCUGGAAGGCUCCUCCCGGCGUUGUCGGCCAGGCCGUCGUUGAGGCCGUCAAGGCCGGUUACAGGCACAUCGACUGCGCCCGAGUUUACGACAAUGAGAAAGAGGUAGGCGUGGCUUUGAAUGAGCUAUUUUCCUCAGGAGUUGUAGCUCGAAAUGAGAUGUUUAUCACAUCCAAGUUGUGGUGCAGCGACCAUUCGCCCGAUGAUGUUUCCAAGGCUCUAACUACGAGCUUACAAGACCUGCAACUCGACUACGUUGAUUUAUAUCUUAUUCAUUGGCCUGUGCGGACGAAAUCCGGUACUCGGGGCUUUGCCCCAGAAGACAUGCUUCCGUUAUGCCUUCCCGAGACAUGGACGGCCAUGGAAGGGUUGUAUGCAUCAGGUCAGGCUCGUGCAAUCGGAGUCAGCAACUUCUCAACUAAAAAGCUGCAGGAUCUCCUCAAAUACGUGAAAGUGCCUCCAGCCGUGAAUCAGGUCGAAUGCCACCCUGUUUGGCAGCAACCAGCGCUCCACAACUUGUGCAAAUCCACUGGUGUCCAUCUCUCGGCUUAUUCCCCUUUGGGAUCUCCAGGGUCAUGGGUGAAGGGGGAGAUCCUGAAGGAGCCAGUUCUGGUUGAAAUUGCAAAGAAACUCAAUAAAUCGCCUGCCCAAGUAGCUCUGCGCUGGGGUAUUCAGAUGGGUCACAGCGUCCUCCCUAAAAGUGUAAACGCGUCCAGGAUUAGCGAGAACUUCGAUUUGUUCAGUUGGAGCAUCCCUCCUGAGCUCUUCGCAACAUUCUCUGGACUCCGCCAGCAAAGGCUUCUCCAAGGGAACUUUGCGGUCCAUGAGACAUGUAGUCCUUAUAAAAGCCUGAAUGAAUUGUGGGAUGGCGAAAUAUGAGAGAAUUCAGAUUUCCCUUGGUAUGAUGCCGCUGAAGAGGGAAAUGAUUGCUCCGUUUCUUUUUCUUCUUUCAAAAGCAUGUUAGCAUUUUGAAAAGAGCGUGGUUUGCUCUGUUUCAUUUUUUUUUUCCUGGAUAAAUAUCAGUCUAGGUUUGCUACCUACAAUUUGGCUCUGCUAGAAGUGAACUUAGGCUUGUCAUGGUGAAUCAAUUGCCGAAUAGUAAGAUCUUUAACAUUGCU